CAGCGGCCAUGCGCAAAUGGAUCCAGAGGAGGGUGUGCUGUGUAGGCUGUAGUCUACAUAAGAUCUCUUCCUGGAGGACACGCUCACAGCAGACUGGAAAUCACAGGCAGCAGCUGGAGCCUUGACUUUUUAUCCAUCCUUCUGGUUUCAUGCGUAAAACCAAAAUCCAGUAUAGUGGUACCUUGGGAUCUGUCCAAACACCCUCCUCCUCCUCCUCCUCCUCCUCCUCCUCCUCCUCCUCCUCCUCUUUAAACCACGGAUGCAGAAACCAGCAGCGAUGCGGCGGCUCUGCUGUUAACUCACUGGACCCUUUCCUGUGUUUUUUCCACCGCUUUUUUUCCAAAAGGAGAUAGAAUAUACCCGCAAUGAAGCUCAAACCGAACCAGACCAGGACAUACGAUGGCGAUGGUUUCAAGAAACGAGCAGCAUGUCUGUGCUUCAAGAAUGAACGUGAAGAAGAGGUCUUGCUGGUCAGCAGCAGCCGGCACCCGGAACAGUGGAUCGUCCCCGGGGGAGGGAUGGAGCCGGAGGAGGAGCCGUGUGGAGCUGCAGUGCGGGAGGUGUUCGAGGAGGCCGGUGUGAAGGGCAAGCUAGGACGUCUGCUCGGAGUAUUUGAGCAAAACCAGGACCGGAAGCACCGGACGUACGUUUACGUGUUGACCGUCACCGAGACGCUGGAGGCCUGGGAGGACUCUGUCAACAUAGGCCGGAAGCGGGAGUGGUUCACGGUGGAUGAGGCCAUCAAAGUGCUGCAGAGCCACAAACCGGUGCAUGCAGAUUACCUGCGCCGGCUCCAGCUGAGCUGCUCCCCCACCAACGGGAACUCCAUCCUCCCCGGCCCCCCGCCGAACGACAACUACCCCCACUACAGCGCCACGGCGACCACGCCCUCGACGGGCAGCGUGCUGGGCUCCUCCUGCAGAUAGGACUGAACCGCCUGCCGCUGAAAAGCCUGUACAGUCUUGCAUGAAUCUAAAUGACUCUUUCAUUUACGUAUAACUUGUAGUCGUAGCUGCAGGACAAGACCAAAGCCAUCACCAGAACUGUUGCAGUCUCGUGUGACGGAGCAGGACAACUGUGGAUAUCUCAAGAACACUUAGCUGCCAGAGAGGCGCUGCAGCUGCACCCGCUCUGCUGGACCGACCUGUCGGAGGAAUGCCUUACACAGAAUCUGUAUGAAUGUUGUCUUUGGGUCUUUCUACUCCACCUUCGUCAUUUUUUAUUUCUUUUUUUUUUUAGCAGAAUGGUUAUGCUUUCUAGUCAAACCCACGGGGGAAUGUUUCCAGACUAUCACCAACCAGGGAUGACAUAGGGAUUCAUAUUACACUACAAAAAGACACAUAUAUUUAACGUGCAUUUGGAAAGUGGGAUUUUCUUUACACCAUGUCAUCAUUGUCCUGAAUUAAAAAUGAUAAAGCCACCACAACAUCUAUCAAAAAAAUGGUUCAAUUACAAUCAGAAUUCCUGUAUCCGUCCCAGGUGGACAUUUUUGUUGUUACAGACAAAAAUAGACAUGGUUUUUUAAAGAAAAAGGCGAGUGCAAAGCAUUUAAAAUCACAAUAAUCACAAUUUAACAGAAGCACACAUUCAGGUAGAUCAGUAAGUGGCAUGGCGGUAAAACAAAAGUUCCUAAAUGAUGACAUCAGUGAGGCGAUACCUCAGUAAACUGAAAGCGCUGAGUCAUGCGAUCGAUAUCCUUCAACACUACACCGCUGUGUUUUCCUAGUUAACAUUCAGCCAAAGUAUCAUGAUGUAGGCACUAACCUUGGCCGAUCACAGAGCCACAUACUGUUCCCAUGCUGUCACAGAGAAAGGUAACAUGCCGUUAGGGUCAAUAGCUCUAAAUGUGCUCACUAGGUAAUUGGAUCGUCUUUAAAUGAAGACGAUCUAAAGUGAAUUGCUCUAAAUUACUAUGAAGCUGUUAUAUCAUGGUGCUAUAAGGUGAUAGCAGACCACAAAAUAACAUUUUCCCUGUACAAUAUGAUUGCUUUUUAGCGCCUUGGCUGCAACUACUAAGUAUUUUCAUCCUUUCAAAGUGAAAUCACAGCUCUCACUGGCUCAACAUGUAGAAGUAAUGCAGUUUAUUUAAACAGAAAGUCAUGUUGUAUUGGUCUUGCCUGAAGAAGGGCAAUUCUGGGUGCUCAAUUAAAGGCAGAAAUGAUCCCUUGAAAUUUUCUAAAUAAAAAAACUUCUACAUUUCGUAAUCCAAAUCCAAAAUGGCUCGAAUUGGCGGUUCAAAAAGUCACAUUUCAGGUCAUUAUUUUGUGUUGUUUUUGGUCCGACUCUCACUCCCUGCUGCGUCGACGGCUGAAUGACGACUCCAGAGAUUUGUAAAUAGCUUUGCAGAGAAACAUUGAACGUGUUUUUAACCUGAAUGUACCUGUAAAAUGUCUCUUAAUAUUUUAUAUAUUUUUUAACUAUGUGUAAGGAGAAAAACAAACGCGUGUGUGUGGAGAACAGGUGUGUGUGUGUGUGCGUGUGUGUGUGUGUACAGAGUAUUUGUAUUUGCUGACGAUGUGCCAAGGGGUUUAACUGUGAAGGAGUUUUUAAUCAUGACAUGGCAAAGAAGCGUUUGUCAUGAACAUUAGAUCUGAAAAAAAAUUAACGAAUGAAUCUUUAACAUUUUAGAGAUUUUGGGUAAAGAUCUUUUUUUAACAGCUAAUUCACUAAAAAACGAGGAAAUUAGAGUAUUUUUUUUUUACAAUAUAAAGGGAAAUGCAGUGGGGCGAUGCUUGGUCAUACAUGUUUAUUUUACUGUUUAUUAUCAAGGAGGGAAACAUAUCCAUGUGACUUAUGCUUCAAAACGUCCCCGAGUUUCGUCUUAUCUGCUUCAAAUCGACAAUCUGAUGAACUCUGCCUUGUCCGAUUGGUUAAAAAACAAGUCCAAACACCUCAAACCUGUGUGUGUGUGUGCGAAAGUGUCGUGGGUCGAUGAACGUGAAAUACUAUGUGCCAAAUUUUAAAAGAAAUAGUCAGAUGGGAGCUUUUCUGAUGUCACGUUAUAUUGAACAUCAUAAAUGAUAAUGAUUGAGUUUGAUGAUUAAUGUAGUUACACGAUAUAAUCAUUUAUAAAGUCAAAAAAGUGCAUUUUUGAAUGAUCAACUGCGUCCUUCAUGGUUGAAAUUACAACCAUUGAAGCACUUUUUUUGUAUUGUCAUUCAACUGAGAGUAAAAGACCCUCCCAGAGUACAUUGAAACUUUAAUUUACACCCAUUAUUCUUAAUAUUUAAUGCUCCUUCCUCCACCUAUUGGACCCUUUGUUUGAUGCGUGGGUCAAUGAAUGAUUCGUAUACGAGUAAAGCAUGAGACUACAAUUAAAAACACCACGAUGAAGUGUACGUGCUCAACAAUGUAAGACCCCGGCGUCCACUAAGUGUUGGGGUUUGGACGAGUCUGUAAUGUCACAUGGAUGUACCCGGAGGGAAGAUGUCUCACUGUUUGGUUGUGAUAUGCACCGAGAAGUUUAAUGUAAAAGAGACGAGGACUGGAACGAUGUUUUUUGUUUGCGAAAAAGAUUGCAUUAAAGGGGAAAAAUCUUGUUGUAAA